CUGAACUACCUGGGGCCCCCCUUCAAUGAGCCCGACUUCAACCCCCCGCGCCUGGCGCGUGCCGAGCGGGUGCCCAGCGCCACGGUGGACCUGGACCUGUGGAGGGGGCUGACGGACAACGCCCGCCUGGCCGCCAACUACCGCGCCUACAGCCGCCUGCUGUGCUACCUGCGCGUGCUGGACGGGCAGGUGGGCACGGCCGAGCUGCGCCACCGCCUCGCCCACUUCUGCGCCAGCCUCCAGGGGCUGGUGCUCAGCAUCGGCGGCGUCAUGUCCUCCCUGGGGUACCCGCUGCCCGCCGGCCCCGCCGGGCCCCCCGCCGGGCCCCCCGGGGCCCCCCAGGCCUCCAAUGACUUCCUGAAGAAGAUGGACGACUUCUGGCUGCUCAAGGAGCUGCAGACCUGGCUCUGGCGCUCGGCCAAGGACUUCAACCGCCUCAAGAAGAAGGUGCCGCCCGCCGUGGUCACCCUGCGGCUGGAGGCCAGGGGGUUCUGA